UACUGUAAUCACAUUAUGAUCGGCAAAAAAGAGCUUAUUAGAAUAAUGUCAACUUUGGCUGCAGCCAGUAAUGCUUUUGCUUUUCUAAGCACACCCCACACACCUCACACUGACUGUGAAGUGCUGCCCCUAGCCUUUGGAAUUACCUCGACCCUGAGCGUCAAGCCUGCCGGGACGGGCAGGGAGACACUCGGAGAGACCUGUUUGACAACUCCUCUGGGACGCUUCCUGCGAGUGUUCAGCCCAUUGUGCCAUAAUGCGCUAACAGCACAACGUUGUCUUUACUUUCAUUCCUGUGUUUCAGCGUCUUACCUGACCGCCUGUUCAAUCAAGGAUCCUAAAAUCAACGAAUGUGUCGUAAGGAAGGGGCGAGCUGCCAUUCCAUUCAUCAUCAACGGAGACCCUAAGUACCGGGUGCCCAACAUGAACCCCAUGGUGAUCCCUGAGCUGGCGCUGUGGCAAGGCACGAGCGCGGUGGGCCUGAAGCUCGCAUGGAAGAAUGCAGAGAUACAUGGGCUCAAGGACGCUGAUUUUCUGGAUUGCGAGUGAGUACUUGAGGUCAGCUGCAGUGGGAGG